UAUGUGCUGUGACAACUUCCGGUAAGGCAGUCUCAGUCAGCUGUCAGUAUCAGAAGGGCGAGGAGAGGGAAUCCAGAGGCACAGCUACACAACAAGACCCAUAAUGUCAGCUUUCACCACCACGUUCAGCGAGUACACGAUGACUCAACUCAACGAAUUCCUGGAGGACGACGAGAAACUCACCAAGAUGGUCCAGGAGAUGGACGAGAUGCAGGACGUCCAGCACAGCAAGGAGAAGACAUUGGUCAACAACCGAACGCUGGCCGAGCACAACCUUGCCCUGCAGCCCCAACUGGAGCAUCAGAAGGAGCAGCUCACCAAGCGCUACAACUGUCUUCAGGAUAGUUUUGAGUCCUACCAGCUUCGGAAAUCCACCCUAGAUCACAAAUCAGGAAACACUUCUCUGGACACUUUGCUGGCUCUACUGCAGGCAGAGGGAGCCCAGAUAGAGGAGGACACAGAGAACAUGGCUGAUUCCUUCCUGGAUGGCGACAUGACCCUCGACUCGUUUAUCGAUGCCUACCAGAGCAACAGAAAGCUGGCUCACUUACGGAGGGUGAAAAUCGAAAAGCUGCAAGAGAUGGUACUGCAGGGCCAGCGGCUCCCCGAGGCGUUUGCCCCUUCCUCACGAUCUCAGGAUGUGUCAGCAGCAGCCAGACCCUCAUCCUCCUCUCUUCUUGCAGAGUCCGGCAGCAGUUCUUCUCCUCUAGCACAGCCGAUGAGAAAACCUCCACCUCCUCCUGCAGCCCAGCAAGUCCCAAGUGCUAAUACAGCUCCGGCUUCGUCAGCUCCCCCCCAGAAUCAAGUCUUCUUCACAUCGCCGUACCCACCGAUUCCUCCCAGAACAGGCCAGCCCUUUCCAAACAUCUCCUCUGGCUACCCCAACCACUUCCUGUCUCAGUGCCCCCCCGCUUUGCCUCAGAGGCCCACUCCCCGGAUCACCCCACAGCCUGGCUUCAUCAUGCAGUAAUGUAAAGCAGAUGCAACUUACCAGACACGGUUGGUGUCUUUGACUUUUCACAACUGGAUCUCCUCUUGGAAGAUUUUCUUCUCUGUCGGCAGCGCUAUUGGAAUAUUAGAACCACGGCUCAGAGGCAGACCUGCACCCGGCCGGUCAGCUGAGGAAAGGUCUCUGUGGAUUUGCGCUGUUCUCUCCAUCCCAUCAACACUCCAGAAAAGAAAAAGAAGACAUGACAAGAUUGGCGUAGAGUCAUGCUAACCUGAGUCUCUUUAGAUGAAGGGCCCUGACACACUUGUCUGUCUUCACGUCACUGAGCUGGGACUUUUCAUUUACCUGCACUUUCUGUCUCCCUCGAAGCUCUGCAUGCUCAUACGUUUUCGGUCUCUCACCUUCUAUCAGAGAUACUCCUUUUGCUUUUAAAAAAAAACACUAUAAUCAAUAAGUUAUUAAUAUCUGCAGCACAAUGAUUUCCUUGGUAUACAUAUGAAUAUGCAAGCAUUGAGAGACCCUAAUUACUGUGCAGGUUUAAUCAAGUUAUCUUUCUCAGAUUAUAUUCAGGCUAAACUGAAACUAUACUGUGAUUUUUAAAUGAAAAAUUCACAGGUAACAUAGAAAUAUUUGAAUUCAUCGUCUCCUUAGAAUAUAAUAUGAAUAGUUAUGUUGAUGAAAGCCAGGGUAGACUAAUAGCACGUGUGAGGGAGAGCUUCUGGGUUGUGGAUCUCUUUAUUUUUACUGAAGAGAGUCCAGACCUGCCAAGUUUAAGAUGUCUGACUGAGCGUCUCAGGACAGACGAGGAGAGAGAGAGGACUGAGGCGGAGCCAUCGUAACAAAUUACUCACCAUGAUGACCCUGGUCUGAAAUGAAGGAUUUACGUUCAGCCAUACAGAACUCUUCUUCUGUGUGUCGUUUUCUUCGGGCUACUUUUGUGAACCAACACUCCUUUAAUAUGAUGUCCGUCGUCUUUAUCACCCUGAGAUGAGACCAGAGAAGAUGCCAGCUGUUCUUUGGCUCUCACACAGAUGGACUUGUUCAGUUGUCUCUCUUACACUGAGCACCAAAGACUCCCCGCAUCAUUCCGUGUACAUGUUUUUGCUGCAGUCUUUUUUUAAGUAAGUGAAACAUUUAGUGAGCUAGUCUAACAUAGUCACCAACAUAUUGGGUUGUGACACUUCUUUUGUAACAAUGUUUUUUGCCAGAUUUUGACAAGAGAAACUUGCAAGAUCACCUUAUUAGCUUUGGGAGGAAAAUCUUUCUGGUGCGAUUAAAAAAAAAAAAAAAAAUCACUUCCUUCUUCCCAAAGGCUGUAGUAGCUGUGCACUGUUAAAGAGCCAUGAGUGCCUACACUUGAAAUUAUCAUGUCCUGCUGACAUCUCCAUGUGUUUCCAGCUGUAGCCCCCAGCCCACUCCCACUCCAAGCCUUCCAAGCCGAGUAAAACAUAGCCAAGCAUUUUGGUCUCCUCCUCCUGCUGGUGAUUUGUUUUUGCUUGUUUUAAGUUUACCAAGAAGACGGUUUAAGACCAUGCCUGCCUGUCACUCUGUCAGGUGUUGCUUUGAAUAGAGUAAAACAAAGUGGAUGACAUGACACCCUUAGGCUUUUUUUGCCUGAUGGUGCUCUUGCUUCUGCAUAUCUUUCAUUCUUACAGCGACAUUUUGAUCUCCGUGAGGGUGACGUUUCCAUAUGUUUGUUUAUGUUGUUGCUGUUUUCUUUUUAAUUUGUAUAAUACCGGGGCUCAGGAAUGUUUUGUGUCAUAAAUCGGUGAUCAUUUCUCACCUUAAGGCAAACAACUUUGACUGACUAGACAAAGCCAACAUGUCAGAAGGCGAACUAUAGAAUAUAAAAAAGCAUUAAGCAUCUCCAUGGACCAGCAUGGACCAACUAACAAUGAUAACUCCUUUCUGCAUGCUCUCUGUGUUGGUCUGAAUAUUCCUCUUUAACUCUUUUUUUAAGCUGUUGAGCUGCUCUUUACUUUGAUCUUCUCUCUGUAUGCAUUGUUUUGUAUGUGGUUGGAUUUAUUUUCAGUGUAAUGUUGUAUGUAUUUACUUAAACUGAAUGUUCAAGUGGAAUUCAAUGCUAUUUUCAAGUGGAAUAAAUCUCAAAGUUUUGCAUCUGUUUUUA